AUGUUCUACAAUAUUAUCAACUCGGAGCGCCAGGCCCGAGAUUCUGCGACAGUCACGAGCCCCAGGACCAAUGAAGUUCUCUGGGAGGUGACAGUCGCAAAUGAGACAGACCUUAACGACGCAGUCGAAGCUGCAAGGGUGUCAUUCAAAUCAUGGAAGCUCUUGUCUGUUGAAGAAAGACAGGGGUAUCUACUCAAACUCGCCGAUGAACUAGAACGGCGAAGAGAUGAAAUACAUGUCCCUCUGGCAGCAGAGACUGGAAAAUCCAAACUCCUCGCAAAUAUAGAAAUUGAUGAUACUUUGGCCUUUAUCAGAUUUAAUGCAUCUCAGUCAUUUCCCGAUAAAGUUGAAUACGAAAAUGAUAAACUCAAGAUCGUGUCUAUCCAUCACCCCAUAGGAGUGGUGGGUGCGAUUUGCCCUUGGAAUUUUCCGCUUGUGCUAGCCGCCGGCAAGAUUGCUGCAGCGCUCGUCAUGGGAAAUUGCAUCAUUGUUAAACCGUCGCCAUUCACCCCAUGUGCGACUUUGAAAUUCGCUGAGCUUGCGUCAUCCGUGCUUCCGCGGGGUGUAUUCCAAGCACUCAACGGAGACAACGAUAUCGGAAGGCUCAUUACCAUUCAUCCGGGGAUCGACAAGAUCAGUUUCACCGGAUCCACUGAAACUGGAAAAAAGGUAGCAGAAAGCGCAGCCAAGACUCUGAAACGAGUGACACUCGAACUUGGAGGAAACGAUGCAAGUGUUGUUUGCCCAGACGUCGAUGUCAAAACUGUUGCUGCUAAGGUUGCUGCCGGAUCCUUUUUCCAUUCAGGUCAAAUGUGCGUUGCUACAAAAAGGGUUUAUGUGCAUGAGGCUAUUUUCCAAGAAUUCCGAGACGCAUUUGUGGAGGCAGUCAAAAACAUCACAAUUGACCUUUCUGGUGACCACUCGCCCCUGUUCAGUCCAAUCCAAAAUGAAUUACAGUACAAGUUGGUCAAAGAUCUCAUUGCUGAUUGCAAGGAGAACAACUAUACGUUACUUCGCGGGGGUAACAGCGACGACAAGUACCCAGGGCUCUUCAUCGCACCUGUUGUCGUGGACCAACCACCACCUGAUUCCCUCGUCGUCCAGAUAGAACAGUUUGGUCCUAUCAUUCCACUCAUGAAGUGGUCAACCGAGGAUGAAGUGAUUUCGAGGGUCAAUGGAACAGAUACUGGCUUAGGGGCCUGCGUUUGGGCGAAUGACAUCGGCACUGCAAAGCGAAUUACGCGGAAACUCCAAGUCGGGACCGUGUGGAUCAAUAGUGCCGAGGUCCCCAGCCCACAUGGCUACCUUUCUGGUUGGAAGCAGAGUGGGAUUGGGGGUGAAUGGGGGAACCAGGGUUUGCUGUCGUACUCUCAGACACAAACAGUUCAGCUGUACAAGUAG